GAGUUGUCAGCAGGAGAGUGCUCCUGACGACAACGCGCUAUUCACACUGGCACUUGUCAUGGCAAAACUUUUGUAUUUUUGGGGGGAGGGGAAACACCUCUGAAAGACAAAAGUUUUGUCAUUCAAUUACCAGUAUAGACAGCCUAAGUCCCAAAGCUUGAGGCAAUGAAUUCAGGAGGAGUCUUGCCGUUGACUUCCAUAUGAACAGGAUUUGACACUACGGUAGCAGCAGAAAGCAAUUCCACCUCCCUCCUUCACAAAGGGGGAUUGAGAUUGACACUACGCCCCAUAUUCUUCAGAGAAAUAGUUAUAAUGUGAUUAUAGCAUAUCUAAGAUGUAUUUUAUGCAAGAUGGGUUGUGUGAGAUCAUUGGAAAGGUUAUGAUUUACUAAAUAUGAUCAUCCUCAUUUGUAUGCAUGUAUCAUUUUGGUAUCUGAAGUUAGGUCUAUGCACCUAUUACAAAUGUGUUUACACCUGGUGAAUGCCCAUGAGACAGAAUACAAUCAGUCUAGAUUGCUGGCUGGAAAGGGCCAUCAGGAAAAACGAUAGCAUCUUCAAAGACCUAAUCUCCCACCUUCCUGGAAAGCCUUCCUGUGUAUGCUGUAAAUAGACUGAGUUAUGGCUGCAGGGCCAUGUGAUCAUGUCUCCUGAUACUGGACUCCAUGAUAAAAUUAGUACUUUUCCAUUGACGGGGGUGGGGGGUGGGAAUCACACUGUAAGACAAAGGAUUCCUGCCAUAUGUAAAAUCUAUUUAAGGCAGGGGAAUGACAUAAUCAUGGUUCCUUCUUCAUUGUCUGCCUGCCCAAGAUGACUGCCUAAGACUGAACUGGGGAAGAAAGGAUUGAACCUAGGCUGGAGGGUGUCUUGUCUGUGAAAGAAAUACCUGGAGUUUUAAGCUGCAAGCAAGAGCAGCUUGCCUUCAAGAACCUCUGCAAUCUGCCUAAAACAACAUUUUAGGAACAAUGAAAUAGAAGAAAGAAGAAAGCAAAAUCACAAGCUGCUGCUGUGAGCUUUCAUUCCCUUCCUUCCCUUCCCUGCAUCGAAACGACGGAGUUGUGCUGUACAGAUCCUUCCAGUGCUGUGCUGCUCCAGCCCUGCUCCCUGGGAAAUAGAACAAGGGAAGGAGGGAGAGGAGGAGGCAGCUGAGCCCAGCAGCAGCGAGAAUGUGAAGCCUGAAGAAGCUUCUGCCCACUUUGUUCAGGAAGAAGAAUGGAGCUUCCCAAAGCUCUCAGGUGCCUGACCCUGCUGCUGAGUUUGUUACCCUGCCUCAGAUGUGUGGAGGCUCUCCUGGGAUCGCAGCCCAGCCAAAACCAUUUGCAGAGUGCAGGGUCCGGCUUGUGUGGCGUUGGGCCCCUCGGGUAUUACAAUGGCUCAUUGGCUGUCACUGAGUCUGGGUCAGAAUGUUUGAAUUGGGCAGAGUUCCCUGAUUAUGUCCAGCAGUACCCAGACCGGGGCUUAGGGAACCACAACUACUGCAGAAAUCCAGACAGGGGAGCUACGCCUUGGUGCUUCUACCGGCUUGGUUCUGGAGCGAUUGGCUGGGCCAGUUGUGACUGUAACCAGGGUGCUGUGCGGCUGUCUGAAGGCGGCAGGGUGGAGCUAUACUUCAGCGGACUCUGGGGCACCAUCUGUGCUGACCGUUGGACAGACUGGGAUGCCAGUGUGGUCUGCAGGCAGCUGGGAGUCAGUGAGAUAGGCACAGCUGGGAAGAACAGCCAUGCUGCCUUGGGGCCAGUUCCACUCCAUCUGCAGUCGGCAAACUGCCAUGGGGAUGAGAAGGCCCUGCUGCUGUGUGGCUACCAGGAAGCUACGUCCAGAGCCUGUAACCAGGGAAUCGCAGCAGCAGAGUGCGUUCCUCCUGCAGGUGCCGGGGUCCCGCUGCGGCUGGCUGGGGGAAAGGAGAGCUUUGAGGGGCGAGUGGAGGUCUACCAUGACGGCAGGUGGGGCACCAUCUGUGAUGACCAAUGGGACGACUGGGAUGCCGAGGUGGUUUGCAGGCAACUGGGGUUCAGUGGGACUCCAAAGGCCUUGUUGUGGGCUCACUACGGGCAGGGCUCUGGCCCAAUCCUGCUGGAUGAAGUGGAGUGCUCAGGGAACGAGCUGUCACUGGACCAGUGCAAGAAGAAUAACUGGGGACAGCAAAACUGUGAUCACAUGGAGGAUGCGGGAGUGUCCUGUGAUCCCUUCACAGAGGGCACGGUCAGGCUGGCAGGAGGCCGCACCCCCAGCGAAGGGAGAGUGGAGGUUUAUUACAGGGGAGACUGGGGCACGGUGUGUGAUGACGGCUGGACGGCUCUUAGUGCCCAGGUGGUCUGCAGGCAGCUGGGCUUCAGUGGCCCUGCCAGCCUGGCGUCUGAGGGGGAGUACACACCCGGCCAAGGCUUUAUCCUACUGGACGACAUGGCUUGUACAGGCACAGAGUUCUCUUUCCUGGACUGUCCUCACAGCAACUGGGGGCAGCAUGACUGCUCGCAUGCCGAAGAUGUGGGGGUCCGAUGCUCCCCUGAAACCAACAAGAUCAUCAAAGACACUACUGGGCCCCCUGUGCGGCUGGCAGAUGGAGAGAGCACCAAGGAGGGGCGGGUAGAGGUGUUCCUGAAUGGGCAGUGGGGCAGUGUCUGCGACGAUGGCUGGACAGACAAGGAUGCAGUUGUGGUUUGCAGGCAGCUGGGUUACAGUGGCGCAGCAAAAGCCAGGACGAUGGCGUAUUUUGGGGAGGGGCACGGCCCCAUCCAUCUAGACAACGUGGAGUGCAGUGGCACAGAGCGCACACUGGGGGAAUGCGUCAAACCCAACAAUGAGAUUCACAACUGCUGGCACAGUGAAGAUGCUGGUGUGAUCUGCGACUAUAUGGAAGAGAAGGCCCAGGACACCAGAAACGCAGGCUCAGCAUCUGGCAUGUGUGGGAUGCACUUGCUUCACCGUCGCAAGAAAAGGAUAAUUGGUGGAAACAAGUCCCUCAGAGGUGGUUGGCCAUGGCAGGCCUCACUGCGGCUAAAGGGGUUUCACAGAGACACUCGUCUGCUGUGUGGCGCCACGCUCAUCCACAGCUGCUGGGUCGUGACUGCAGCGCACUGCUUCAAAAGGUUUGGCACUGAUGUGCGCCGCUACCUGCUGCGGGUAGGCGAUUACCAUACAGGCGUGAGGGAGGCGUUUGAGAGGGAGAUUCCCGUCGAGAGGAUCAUCCUUCACAGGAACUACCGGUUCAGCAGCAAUGACAAUGAUAUCGCCCUGGUCAGGAUGCGGGGCAGGGGUAGCCACUGCCUCUCCUUCAAUCGCCACGUCCUGCCCAUCUGCCUCCCUGACAGGAAGGAGAAGGCUGCCAUUAACAGGCAGGCCUGCAUUAUCUCUGGCUGGGGAGACACAGGGAAAUCCUAUUCAAGAACAUUGCUCCAGGGCAUGGUGCCCCUUCUCCCAAGAGAAGAUUGUGAGGCUCGUUACGGGGGCAAGUUUACUAACCAUAUGAUCUGUGCUGGAAACCUCUCUGAAGAUAAGCGGGUGGAUAGCUGCCAGGGUGACAGCGGUGGGCCACUCAUGUGUCAGAGGUCAACUGGACACUGGGUCAUUCUGGGGAUCAUUUCCUGGGGUUAUGGGUGUGGCCGGAAGGACUUCCCUGGAGUUUACACUAAGGUCAGCAAGUUUGUGCCCUGGAUCAAGAAAGUGACCAAGCUAUAAUGCAAGUCCCUGAGCUCCGAGAUCUUCAUCAUUUAAUCCCUCUUGCCCCUACAGAAUUAAAACUUUGGCCCACACUUGGGAACUGUAGCUUCCUUCUACCUCCACGGGGGCUGCUGCUUCAGUGUGUACCUGGCAGAGACUUGUUUUGUCCUUGAACACUGAGAAGAGACUUAACCACUGGGGGAAAUAAUUAUGCCUGUCUCUUGGAAGUCUUUGCUCUCAUCGUAGUCCCUAAUCUCUGAAGCAGGGAAGUGGAUAUGAGCUGGCAAGACAGACUGCUCCUGUAGCUAUCAGAAUCCUGUAGAAAAAUCAUACAUGUCCCUCUGCUCCCAGAUGUGGGGAUGGCUCUGUCAGUAUCACCUACAACUUUUGCAUGUUCACACAUUUUGGACUUGUCUACACUUGGAAUGCUAUAGCAGCACUGUUGCACCACUUCUGUGUAGACACUACGUACGCUGAUGGAAGGGGUUCUCCCAUCGCCGUAGGAAUCCACCUCCCCAAGAGGUGGUAGCGCUGUCUACACAGGGACAUAGGUCGGCUUAACUACAUCACUUGGAUGUGCAUUUUUCACAGCCCUGAGCAACGUAGUUGAGUCGAUCUAAAGCUCUAGUGUAGACCAGUCCUUUGAUGGCACUGCAGGAGAAGAUGAGAUUCAUGAGAAAUGCCACCAGGCUUUGCUGCAGGGAUCUUUGUAGCGGAUUGCUUGUAGCCAAUUCCCAGACCCUACCUCUUGGACAGCAGGACUGGGUUGGGAGGAGCAGGACGAGGAGGCUGCACAUGUUCUCCUCUUCCCCCCCACCCCACCCCCUCAAGAGGUUUUUUUCUCCCUUUCCAUAUCCCCAUGAGGGACUUGCUCUCUUUUGAAUAUGAGCUCCACUCCUAUAUUGUCCCUGGGAACAUCUCUAUCCCUGCUAGGAGAUUCCCAGCCUUCCACAUGUGCUCCCCUGACCCCAUAUGCUCCAAAUUCUCUCAGUGUUGUGAGACUCGUGAUAAAAUUGCAAGAGCUGGCAAUAUUUGUUGUUUUUUCUUAAAGCUCCAGCUCCUGGAGUCAGAUGAUCACAUGAGAGUCUGUCCUCAUUUAAAAAAACCCAAAAGUAUCUAGCCAUCAUGGUUGCAAAGGGAAGCUUGAAAAUGUGACCACCAAAGGCUGAAAACCCAGAAGGUAAACAACUUCCCACCCAAUCUAUUGUUAAAGCCACUCUCAAAUGUUUGGGUCAUGAUUUGGCAAUACCUCUAUCUACCUGAGGUAAACCCCCAUACCCUUAGCACCUCACAGUCUUUAGUGUAUUUACCCCUGUGAGGUAGGGAGAACCUGUUAUCCCCAUGGGGGAAAGAAAACAGAGACUUAGUGAUAGGAAAUCCGUAGCAGACCAGGGACUUGAACUGAUGUCUCCUGCAGCCUAGCCUAGCCUAGCCCAGUCCUUUAUCCACUGGGCUUGUUUUUGCAGCAUGACCCUCUUCAUCCCCCUCAGAAAUCAGAAGGCCAGUUGGUAUAAAUUGAUGUAGCUGUAUUGAAAUAGCUACACACUAUGGAUCUGGCCUAUGGUCUUAUUAUGAAUAGAAUUAAUGUGAUCAUAAGAGAAAAGAUGGGUUAUGAUACUCACCAAGACUCUUCCUUGUUUUCUGUUUCUUCCACCCUGGGGUGGGUGACCAAUGUAAGAAAAUCCUAGGACUUCAUUUAUUUAUUGGAGACAACUUAUGCUUUUUGAGUAGGUGGAAGCAAAUGAAGACAGACAGGAGUUCUCAGUGUACCUGUAGUUCUAGCUGCACACAGCAGAGCCAGGAGCGAGAGGACAAAUUAAAACUACAGAUGGUAAGCAAUAAUACCUGACCAAGGGGUUGAAGAUGGUGCCAAAUAUCCACGCCUUCAGCGUAAUGCUUGAGGAUGGGACCAGUGGUUCUUGUGCUAGCUGUGCAUGCUUUGGGUUCAGUGUCACUUUGGAGGGUAUGCAUUUUCGGGGCUCACAUGCAUGCACCCACUGCCAUUACGCAUGGGAGGGUGUCUGCACACAUUGCAUGUAAAUAUACUACCAGUGUACAAUAGCUGUGCAAGAAUAGGUGACUGACACAGGGCUUACGCACAUAGUGGGUGAAUUAACAAGACAAGUGUCGCUAGUGUUACAGUGCACGAACACUAUGUUACAAUAGUAAACCUCAAGGCACAUAGUGGUGGGGUUCCAGACACGUGUUUUAGGUUUGAUAGGCAGCAACUGUAUACCACAUUUGCCUUAGCUCCACCGAGAGACCUUAGUUUAAAGGGAAUCUACCAGAUUAAAAAUCUAGCAGAUUUCCCCACUUACAUUAAACUGAAUAGUUCUCUCUCACUCUCUCCCCUGUUUGCAUGGUGGUUGGGUUGUGAAUACUAUAGUGGCAGAAUGUUUCAGACAAGUUUCUGCUGGGAUUGUUAAACUGUGUUGGUUGAGGGAUGGGACUUUGUACAGACUUUGUACUUGACUUUGAGUCAGAUCUGAUUUGUCAGUGCCCCGUUAAGGGCUGAGUGUCUGCAGUGCCAUAUAUAUGAAGUGCAUCCACAGUACUGUAACCAUGUGGCUGUACCACCAGGCCUGACCUGUGCAGAAUGGGGUGUGUGACUCCUUGUGGGUUUGCUGUCCCGCAACUGCUGGCAGAAAAUCCCUAUCAGACAGAUCAGCUUGCUUCCUCCCUCAAUUUAAAUGACAUGUUGCAGGGAGGGGAGGCCCUAGGGAAUGGGGGGGUGAAUAUUUCCUAGAAUUCUGGUGUUUACAGUGGAGUGAAUUCUGCCACUGAUUUCCAUAAUAGCAGUGACAGUAACUGACUGGGGAGCACACUGUGGCUUGGCUUUUACUUGGGGCUGACCAAAGACACUGUUCUCAGCUCAUGUGGAGUUUCUGCUUCUCUAGCUGCUGACACCUGUCCUUUACAGCCUUGCUGAGCUGACCAGCUGUGCCCAGAAUCCCACCAGGCAGAGUUUUUCUUGUGAAGGGAACAAAACUCUCUGUAUUUAGCUGAGCUGGCAGACAGGGUUGAUGCAGGUGACCCACAUAAAAAGUUACCAUUUAACAGACACAGGCCAGUGUCUCCUCUUUGAGCCUACCGCGUUCACAUUGCUGUUUCUUCUGGUCUUCACAUUAACCAUUGAAGUUGUGAGAGGCCUUCAGUAAGUCCCUGGGAUGCUACGUAGGGCAGAAUGAAUGAAGGGGUAUCACUUGUACAUCAUCUCAUUCAUUUUCCACGCUCCUUACCAGUACCCAGAAACAAGUCAGGUCUGUAAAUACUGUUCUUAAUUCUCCUGACCUGCCUGUUUCAGAACAGCUCUCUUGCUAGUUAAUUUGGCGUAUAAUUCCACAUUAAGUCAAUGUACCUUGUCACAGGGGAGUAAUGGAAUGGCCUGGCUGGAUCAGACCAGUGGUCUAGUCCAGUCUCCUGUGUCCAGGAGCAGCCAGUAUCAGAGGCUUCAGAGGAAGGUGCAAGAAACUCUGUGCUGGGCAAUUAGUCGAAUAACCUCCCCUUAGGGAAGCUUGUGCCUGACCCAAGUACCCAGUUAGUGGGUAGUUUAUGUCUGAAGGGGGUGGUUAUGACUGUUUAAGGAGAGGUAGUUCACAAGGUUAUAACUUUUUUUGACUCCUGGCUAAGGUGACUUUCCCCACUUCCCACGGAAAUGUCUAAUAUUUCAUUUAAUUCAGCUAAGCUCUUGACCUCAAUGCAAUGUGCUGGCAAUGCGUUCCACAUAUUAAUUUUGAUGCUACACAAUACGUAAUUUCCUUGUAUUGGUUUAAAAUGUAUGCCUUUCAGUUUCAUUGAAUGGCCCCUGAUCAUGUGUUCUUACUUAUUAGUGUAAAUAGGAGUGCUUGUUUUCUCUAUACCAUCCAUUAUUUUAUGGGUGGCCUCUUCUCUAAACAGUCCCCGUCUUUUCAGUCUGUCUUCAUACAAAACUAUCCAUGUUUCUAGUAACUUUUGUUAUCUGUCUCCUUCAUGCCUUCUGUGUCUGCUAGAUCUUUGAGCUCUAGUAACCAGAACUGAACAGUCCCCCAGGAUAGGCUGUAUCAUCAGUUUAUUUUCUAGUGUACUUUUUAGCUAUGUUAAAACUUUGCCCACUGUUUUGAUGGCUGCUGCGUUUGAGCAGAGCUUUUUGUUAUAGUGGGGCUCAGGUCUCUGCCUCAGUGGCAGUGCUUUUUUCAGAACCCAGGAAAUGGACUUGGACGAUGUGCAUUAGUCAACAUUGAGUUUCAUUGGCCACCGCAUUGCCCACACGCCUAGCUUUGUUAGGUCCCUUUGAAGUCCCUCAUAAACUUCUUCAGUCUUGACUAAUCUACAUAAUUUUGCCUUUUGCAAAUGUUACCAUCUUGCUGUUCACCCCUUUGUCAUAUCCUAAAUAAAUACUGGUCACUGCCCCCAAAACAGCACAUGGAGGGAGGCGGGAACCCUUUUAUUUCCUUUUUGAAAAUGGACCAUUUAUCCCUACUGCUUGCUAUCCAUCAGCUAGUUUCUAAUCUAUGACAACACUCUAGCUUCUCACCCCUUAACUGAUGAGUUGUCUUGAUAGCUUCUUAUUAGUGACUUUGUUAAAGGCUUUUUGAAAGAUUGAACCAUGUCAACCCUAUUCUUCUUCAUCCUCCCUCUUGUGGACAUGGUCAAAGAAUUCUAGUAGAUUAGAGAGGCAGGAAUUUCCACAACAGAAGCUGUGCCCAUUGUUUCCCUAGGAUGUUCAUCCAAGAGUUUAUAGUUGUGUUUUUAAAUGUUCAUUUCAAACAGUUUAAUUAGGUACAGAAGGGAGGCUCAUGGAUCUGUAAUUCCCGGUAGCACUUCUAGCACCUUUUUAAAGUUGGAGCCAUCAGCAGCUUCUCCUUACACAAGUGCUGAAGGGAAUGGCUACAGGAGUGAAAAAUAUGUCUGUGGGAAGGUUGGGCUUCACCACCAGCAUUAGUCAUCUGGGUUGAAUCCUAAACUUGGGGUAGCGAUGCUGCAUAGGUUAUUUCUCUUUUUGUGAUGGAUACGAAUUCUUGAAGAUCCCUGGCUGACUAAACAGUUUGUUUUUCUUCUGUUUUAUUCCAGUGGUUUAGGUGCCCCUUCUUACCUGCCCCAUGCCUAGUAGAACAAUACCUGUUUUGUCCUGGAAGGUUGGCAGCUGUCCUACAUUUCCUGGGCUUGCAGUAUGGGAAGAGGAGUUAUACUUUGAUGCUGCAUGAAACAACCUCACAUUGUAGCAUGACAGAGCUGGUGCUGGGAUGGGAGCGCAUGCCCCACUAGGACAGAGUUUGGAGGCAGUAACUAUGCCAGCUUGACUGUUUAAGGAGAGGUAGUUCAUGCUGCACAGUUGCCACUCAUCAGGGAAAGUGUUCCAAUCCUCCAUGAAUCCAACACCUCCAUCCACAGUCAGUGAUUGGCCCUGGUGUUCACUCCCUUUCUGACCUGUAAUGCCUGCACAGGUGCCCUUAUCAGCCCUCUCUUGAAACCAGUCCAGGCUCUGACCAGCUGGUGCUGGAUUAGAUGUCUAUCCCUUGGAGCUGUAUGCUGUGCAGAUAAUCUCUAUGAAUUACAUUCCCUGCUACAGUUAAUCAGGCAGCUGUUUAUUAACCUCUGCAGGAGGCCGAUUACCCUUGUAUUGGAGGGUAACAGCUGUUACAUACAUGGCUAUAGGAAUGGGUAAGGAAAUUGGGGGCGUGGCUUAUUUGAAGUGCUAUCUAAGCCGCUGCAGCACAAGAAGCUGCUGUGACCCAGUAACAAUGUGGAGCAGCGUGUUUACAUUCACAUGCAGCGGCCAUUGGGGGAGAUUCUCUCUGUGGAUGGGCCUGAGAAGAUCAAUUGGUUACAGUGUGAUUUCUUUUUCUGAGUCACCUUGACAGAUUCACAAGAGUCUCCUGCAGCCAGAGAAGGUGGAUACAUGAGCGGGCACAGGCAUUGAACAAUCUCAGGACUAACAGAAUGCUCCCAGGUUCUUGGGUGCUCCUUGUGAAAUCGGUCCAAUUGUGACAUGCUCAACUGCACCCCCCCUGUGCUCUGUUUUUACUUGUUUACAAAACAUUUAAAUCCCCAAAUGCAGGGAGAAUGUCUCACUUGGGGAGGAGCCAACCUAGUCUUGUUAUAACCCUCUUCUAACAUCCAGGGGCUGAGCCCCUCCUCUCAGCGCUAGAUGGAGUACCUCUGAAAUUAGUUAAGUGCUAAAAGUGUUACAUCCACCUGGAUGAACAAUGACAGCUCACAAAACAUGUUAAUAAACAGAUUGCACUGUCA